AGAAAAACACCCGAACGUUUUCUUUCUCUUAAAUGUGCCUUCGCAUUUUCCUGAAGUGUGUUAACAUCCUAAUCAGCCGACUCUAUCAAUGCGCGUUACGGCCGACGCACCUGCAAUACGCAAACUCCUUGCGAACGUUACUCGUUACAUGCUGGAUUUUGCAAAUUAUAGAUCUUAUCUUGCAUCGUAAACUAACCUGUGUUCUUCAUUCGAGCGACCUGCUUUUUCUAUGAAUCAAAUUAACGACAAGCGGAUUUCAUCUGGAGUGCCCCCUUUCGAUGGUCCAUGAUCCUUAAAAAUCUUCAAGGGUGUCGACUUGGUACCGGAAGCCAGGCAUCGUGAUUGACUGGAAUCAAGCUCCCAAUAAGGGAUCUGAAAGGGUCGCGCUAUUGGUGAAAGGGGUCCGCAUCCGAAGCAGUGCAAUCGUGCCCCCGCCUCAUCCCUGGGCCCCCCUGGGCCUGGGCAGGGCUCAGCUAUAAAAGCAUACUGCGUCGCCCCUCGAACACGUAGUGUUUUCUCGCGUAGCGCACAAGAAAAACUGUCAUCACACACCAUGAAGUUCUUCAUUGUUUUGUUCGCCAUUGUGGCUGCCGUCAGCGCUGGAUACGAGCAAGUCUACCACGCGCAUUACAUUCCCCAGCAGCCCGCCAUUCCACCCCCACAUCCGGGUCCCCUGCAUAUCAAGGGAAACGACCACGUCACUAGACUACAUUACAGCGGUCCCCAUAUUCCGCAUCCACAUCUCGUCGGCGUCGAGCAUUACGUACCCGCCCCGGAACCCGCGAUCUCCGUCGUGAAGACUCAUGGACACGGCUGGGCCUAAGAACCCCCCCGUCUAACGAUGCUCCUCGAUUAAACCCGUUGGUCCAAAGUGGUUCAUACCGAAAUGGCAGUCAUCCCGAAUCUUAUCAAUCAUAAUAAUGACAGCAUUGACAGCAGACAACUUCGUCGACGAUACAUCUGGUUUUUCGGGAAUCUAAAUAACUUCAAUUGAGACAAAUAUAAGGCCAAGGAUCCAUCGAUGACGACGAUCGUCAAAAUCAGCAUCUCCGAGGAAUUUUGAGAGCCUCAGAAGAGACGGAAAAUCGUGGACCACUCACUGGAUCGCAGACCUGGCAGCCAAACUCAAGAAUAAAAAAACUCAUCUUGAUUUUAUUUUAAAGCUACAUAUGACACUUAUACGAAUACACAUAGACACGAACACCCGCGUCUUUUUCUGUUUCUCCGUUUUUCCCAACCACCGAAAUUCUCGUGCGGCAAUGUGAUAUUGAAGAAGACAUCACUGCAACAUCAGAGAGAGCGUUUUCCCUUCCCCCCCAUUUCUCGGAUCCCGUCCUAUUUCUCUUCACUGUCCGCAACACUUUUAUUUAUUUUCUAAUAAAAGUUGAUUUGUAUACGUCUUGUGAUAAACCAGAAA